ACGCGUACCGAAUCUAUACCUUCGAAGCGUUAUCUCUCGUUCCGCCUAGUUGAAGAUUGGCACGUUACAUUCAUUACGAAUUACAUCAAUCGGUCUCUCGCUCCUCAAUUUUACCAGGUUUUUAUUUCAUUAUUCUCUCGUAAGAAUCACACUUUAUUACUGAUAAACCGACACGUACAGUUCCUCCAUGACGCGAGAUCAUAGGCUAAAAUAAACAAAGCCUUCGAUCAGUCGCUAACUGCUGAGCACGCGAGAAAAACAAUAACAAGCAUCUGUUGCAUCCGUGUAUUUGUUUAGAUAAGAUUUAAAUGGCAAUCGAGGUCACGUGACCGAACUGGUGGAAGUUACCUUACGCUCACAAGCAGUUGUACACUCCAGUGUGUGUGUGUGUCAUUCGAUGCAAUAAGUGCCGGCAAAGUCUUUUGUCAAAACACAACCGGCCUAUCGAGCGGAAUUGAAGCAGUGGAUAGUCAGUCGCAGAGCAGCAUGUACGAAAACCUCUUCAAGAGCCCGUUGACGAGGGUCUUCCUCUACGGCACGCUGAAACGCGGCGAGCCGAAUCACACCCUUAUCGCGAAUAAACAAAAUGGAUUCGCCAAAUUUCUGGGCCUCGGCAAGACGAUCGUCAAGUUUCCGCUGGUCAUAGCUACAAAGUACAAUAUUCCUUUUACGCUCAAGAAGCCGGGCCUCGGUAACCAAAUCGUUGGCGAGGUGUACGACGUAGAUUCAAAGAUGCUCACAAAACUCGACGAACUGGAGGAACAUCCCGAAUUCUACGUGAGAACCGAGGAGGAUGUGCUGUUGGCGCCGGAAAACGAGAUUAAAAGCGGAGCGACUUUCGAAAAGGCAGGGGAGGCAACCAAAGCGUGGAUUUACAUUCUGCCGAAUUUCCGAGAGUCUUUGCUAGAUCUUCCGAUGUACGAGUCUUACAGCAGCGAAGGCAGCCAUGGCCUGAAAUAUUUUGAAAGGUACCUGCGCGACUCAUCUUUCAAUCAUCGAAACGAAGUGCUAUCAUCUAAUUAACGCCGUCGCAUGAAAAAUUAUCGAUAUCAAAACAAAGAAGAAUGGGCCAGGCCUGAGGAUGUGCUGUGAACGGACAACGUAAAGACUUAACAUAAAAAAAAUUAUAUUCUGUAUACUAUUGGGUUGUAAAUAGACGAACAAUUUAUAUAU